CAUGCGGACUGCUAAGAAGCCUUUGUGAAAUUCGAAAUGAGAUUCUUCUAAACAAACUUUCAAGAGAAGAAAUGCACACCAAUGAUAGGUAUAAAAACACUACUUUUUCGGGUUUUACGUUAAAAAAAGAAAAUUUGGCUUCCUCAGCAUUGCCUUUUCAAAAAUAUGUAUCUGCUUCUCAGACUAUUCUUCCAAAGUUUCACACAGAUGAAAAUGAAAAAAGAUACCUGCAAGAAUCUGGAGCCGGUGUUACUGAAGAAGAUCUUUAUGACCCGCUAAAUCCUACAGAUGUUGAUGAAACUCUUCUUCAGCCUAAAAUGAAAAAAAAAAGAGUAAAAACUCGUUGGGAUGUUGACGAUGAAAUUCUUCCAACUCGCCCGAUUGGAGAUCCUAUUACCAAAAAAAAUAAAAAUGCUGACUGUGCUUAUCAGCAAUCAGGUAGCAGUCCACACAAUGAAAAAGCAAACGAAUAUAGUGAUGAAGACGAACUGGAUAAAUUUAUGGCAGGAGUUGAAGAAACUCUUGAGAAAGAAGAAGAAGACAUGAAGAAUAAGAUAAGUACUAAAAAAUCUAAGAAAGAUGCACGUUUAGAUGUGGAAAAUGAAGAUGACCAAGAGUCAUAUUUCAAAGCUCGUAAAGAUAUUCCUCUAAUUCCAUACCCAGAAGAUGAAGAUGAAAUUGAAUAUGAUAGUGAUGGUAAUCCUUUGCCUCCAGAAAGAUCAAAAAUUAUUGUUCCUUUACCACAAGUUGAUCAUCUAGAGAUUGAUUACCCUCCAUUCGAAAGUAAUUUUUACGAAGAUCAUCCAGAUAUCAAAGCACUUACUGAACCUGCUGUUAAAAAUUUACGAGAGAAGCUUGGUUUAAAGGUGAUGGGCGCAGACCCUGCACGACCAGCAAUUAGCUUUGGUCAUUUCGGAUUUGAUGAUCAUCUAAUGGGUGUUAUUCGCUCCUCAAAUUAUUCUAAGCCUACGCCAAUUCAAUCACAGGCAGUUCCUGUUGCUUUAAGUGGGCGAGAUAUUAUAGGAAUUGCUCGAACAGGCAGUGGUAAGACAGCUGCUUUUGUGUGGCCAAUGUUGGUUCAUAUUAUGGCACAACCAGUUCUAAAAGAAGGGGAUGGGCCAAUAGCAUUGAUUUGUGCUCCAACAAGAGAAUUAUGUCAGCAAAUUAAUUCAGAAUGCAAAAGAUUUGGAAAGUGUUACAAUUUGCGAUCAGUUGCUUGUUAUGGAGGUGGUAGCAAAUGGGAACAAACGAAAGGUCUUCAACAAGGUGCAGAAAUAGUUGUUUGCACACCUGGUCGAUUAAUUGAUCUUAUUAAAGCAAAAGCUACCAACUUACUUCGUGUGACAUAUCUUGUGUUUGAUGAGGCAGAUAGGAUGUUUGACAUGGGGUUUGAACCACAAGUUCGUUCAAUUGCAAAUAAUGUGCGUCCUGAUAGGCAAUGUUUACUUUUUAGUGCAACCAUGAAAAAAAAAGUGGAGUGGUUGUGCAGAGAUAUUCUAUCUGAUCCUAUAAGAAUAGUUGUAGGUGAAUUGGGUGAGGCAAAUGAAGAUAUUGUGCAAGCAGUGGAAGUCAUGAAGUCACCCCAACAAAAAUGGAAUUGGUUGUUGAGUCAUAUAGUUGAGUUUACUUCAGGUGGUAGUGUUCUUAUAUUUGUUACAAAAAAAUCAAAUAGUGAAGAAGUAGCUGCUAACCUGAAGGAGCAGGGCUAUGAGCUUGGACUUAUUCAUGGUGAUUUUGAUCAGUUUGAACGAAAUAAUGUUUUAAAGCAGUUCAAACAAAAACAAUUUCUUAUCCUUGUGGCUACAGAUGUAGCAGCUCGUGGCUUGGAUAUUCCUUCAAUAAAAACUGUUAUAAAUUAUGAUGUUGCUCGUGACAUCACAACACAUACACAUAGGAUUGGUCGUACUGGUCGUGCAGGAGAAAAAGGUAUUGCUUACACAUUAAUUACACCUCAAGAUACACAUUUUGCAGCUGAUCUUGUUCGAAAUCUAGAAGGUGCAAACCAACGUGUUCCAGACGAACUUUUAGAUUUGGCACUAAAGAAUCCUUGGUUUCGUAAAACGCGUGCAAAACGCGGUCGCAAAGCAGCAAACAAAGAGUUCACUCCACGAGAUCGACCUGGUCUUGGUUUACCUGAGGGUAAAGGAGGAGGCAACGAUGAAGGCAACUUAGCCGAUGAAGAAGAGUUAACUGUUGGUAAUUCUGGUGGUAAACGACCUUCAAGAUCACUUCUUACAUCUUAUGCUAUGUCUUCUACGGCAUUUGGAUCAAAUAGACUUAAUAAUUUAAAAUCAGCAUUUGCGACUGGUUAUAAUCGAUUUGCUAAAGCGUCUGAUUCAGGCAAUUCUACUAUGGACGUAGGUACCAAAAGCGGAAGUGGUGCUGCACGUGAACAUUUCGAUCCUGCUGAUCAACCAAAAGCAAUGCAAAAAUGGGAUAGGUGAUAAAAGACAUCGUUUAAAUCGGAUUUCUUAUUUGUAACCGAAAUUCUUUGUUUCGAACGGUGAAAAACCAAUGCGGACCGCGCGGACCUUGUCAUUAAUGUAUUUACAGCAAAGACAUUCUAAUGGAGUUAAAAAAACUCUUUUUACUGUAAACUUUUAUGGCUUGAAGGUAUGUUUAAAAAAAUUACUCAUGAAACACUAAAUAUUCCUAAA